AUGGCUGAGACGAAUAUUCAAGCAGAAGUGCCUCCUGAGGCCGACGUGACUGGUGACACGGAUUCGUCCCUCGGACAGGAUGACUUCUCUGCAACCACAAGUCUCCGUAGUUCAAUCAUAGACUAUCGAGUCGAAAAUGGGAGAACUUACCACAGGUAUAAAGAAGGCAAAUACUUUGGACCCAACGAUGAGGAUGAGUCGAACAGAUUGGACCUUCAACACCACCUGUUUCUUCUCACAUUCGAUAACAGGUUGGGAUAUGCUCCCCCAAAUGAUCCUGACUGGAAGGGCCGCGUGCUUGACGUCGGAACCGGCACUGGGAUCUGGUCGAUCGACUUUGGGGAUGAGCACCCAGACGCGGAGGUCUUGGGAUUCGACCUUUCGGCAACCCAGCCCGAGUUUGUACCGCCAAACGUCUACUUUGAGGUGGACGACUUGGACAAUGAAUGGAUCUAUUCCAGACCGUUCGACUACAUCCACAUCAGGGGAAUGUCAGGUAGCGUUCGAAAUUGGCCUGAACUUCUGAAGAAGUGCUUUGAGAAUCUCAAGCCAGGAGGUUACGUCGAGCUCCAGGAGGCCGAAUCCAACAUCUUCAGCGCCGAUGGCACAUGCGAGCGCGGUGCAUUCUACAAAAGCCUCUCCUACGUCGCAUCCGCCUUGGAAGUCUUCGGAUGUCCCUUCAUUCCGCUAGAUACUCUGACAUCCCUCUUAACAGAGGCUGGCUUCGUGGAAGUGACCGACCGCCGCUUCAUCUGGCCCCUCAAUACGUGGCCCCGGGACCCUUACUUGAAAGAACUCGGCUCGUGGUCUCGUGAAAAUCUUGCAAGUAAUACAGCUGGCAUGAUAAUGGCGCCCAUGACGCGUGUGCAUGGCUGGCGGCAGGAAGAAGUUCAGGUUUUUGCCGCUGAGGUCAGGAGGGACCUUAGUGAUCGAGGAAAUCAUGGAUACUGGCCCAUGUAA